AAAAUCAAUUCUUCUUUUAUUUUCUUAAAAGAGCUCAAAACACACGUCCAUCUCUCCACUGCCUUCUUAGCCUCUUAUCAACCGUAAUCAUGCCAACACCAGCAACAUCAGUGGCUCCAUCAACUGGAUCUGUCCAGAAAAAAGAUCAAGACUGGCGUGCGAUUUUGUCUCCCGAGCAAUUUAGAGUUCUCAGGGAAAAGGGCACAGAAAACCGAGGCAAAGGAGAGUAUACCAAACUUUUCGACGACGGAAUCUAUAGUUGUGCUGGUUGUGCAACUCCUCUUUAUAAGUCCACCACUAAGUUCGACUCUGGUUGUGGAUGGCCUUCCUUCUUCGAUGCUAUCCCUGGUGCCAUUAAACAAACGCCCGAGGCAGGAGGGAGAAGAAUGGAGAUCACGUGCGCGGCAUGUGAUGGACAUUUAGGUCAUAUUGUCAAAGGAGAAGGUUUUCCCACAGCGACCGAUGAGCGUCACUGCGUCAACAGUGUUUCUCUCAAGUUCUCCGAAAUUUCUUCCCAAUAAGUCCAUAUUGAUGACCACUAUAUAUUGUUGGACCAAUUCCUCUCUUUCAAGAAAAUUUGAAAAUCAAGUGUGAUUGUUUGAGAUUGUUAUGUUUCAGUCCUAGUCAUGUGUGAUAUGCUCGCUCUCCUGAUUGUUGUUUGUCCCCCUUGUAUGAAUUUCUUUUUAAUAAUUAUAUUAUUUGUUAUCUUUCCAUUGACCCUUGAUAUGUUCAAUGCAAGUCCUAUAUAAUAAAAUUUGGCUUUUGUU